GAAAGGGGGCUCGUCUUCUGGAAAAGAGAGUAUCAAGCAAUUUAGGUGAUGACCUCAGUUGUUCCCCCACAUCUUAUUUAGUUCCAGUGGUUAGGUAUCCCUCACGUGACUAGAAAGCGCUGCCUGGAAUGCUAGUAGAAGAUUGGGCAUUGGGGCAGGUGCGGCGAAGCCUCGUUCAGGAUUUCCCCACCUAGAGUCAAAGAAGAAAGACCUUCCAACCAGUACUGUAGGGCAGCGACAGGGAGGACUGUGGAGUUUGCAAAGAAAAAGAACAGUGAAAAGGGGCUGCGUUGCCCAUACAAGUCGGGGCUUUGGAUAGCUCAUGGCACAAAGACUCAAAAUAUGCAACAUAGCAUCAUCAAAAGAGCAAAAGAUAGACUUCCGAUUUGAGACGGUGGAAUGCAAAGCUUGAAUUUGGAAAUGACUUUUGAUGACCUAAAGAUCCAGACUGUGAAGGACCAGCCUGAUGAGAAGUCAAAUGGAAAAAAAGCUAAAGGUCUUCAGUUUCUUUACUCUCCAUGGUGGUGCCUGGCGGCUGCGACUCUAGGGGUCCUUUGCCUGGGAUUAGUAGUGACCAUUAUGGUGCUGGGCAUGCAACUAUCCCAGGUGUCUGACCUCCUAACACAAGAGCAAGCAAACCUAACUCACCAGAAAAAGAAACUGGAGGGACAGAUCUCAGCCCGGCAACAAGCAGAAGAAGCUUCACAGGAGUCACAAAACGAACUCAAGGAAAUGAUAGAAACCCUUGCUCGGAAGCUGAAUGAGAAAUCCAAAGAGCAAAUGGAACUUCACCACCAGAAUCUGAAUCUCCAAGAAACACUGAAGAGAGUAGCAAAUUGUUCAGCUCCUUGUCCGCAAGACUGGAUCUGGCAUGGAGAAAACUGUUACCUAUUUUCCUCGGGCUCAUUUAACUGGGAAAAGAGCCAAGAGAAGUGCUUGUCUUUGGAUGCCAAGUUGCUGAAAAUUAAUAGCACAGCUGAUCUGGACUUCAUCCAGCAAGCAAUUUCCUAUUCCAGUUUUCCAUUCUGGAUGGGGCUGUCUCGGAGGAACCCCAGCUACCCAUGGCUCUGGGAGGACGGUUCUCCUUUGAUGCCCCACUUAUUUAGAGUCCGAGGUGCUGUUUCCCAGACAUACCCUUCAGGUACCUGUGCAUAUAUACAACGAGGAGCUGUUUAUGCGGAAAACUGCAUUUUAGCUGCCUUCAGUAUAUGUCAGAAGAAGGCAAACCUAAGAGCACAGUGAAUUUGAAGGCUCUGGAAGAAAAGAAAAAAGUCUUUGAGUUUUAUUCUGGAAUUUAAGCUAUUCUUUGUCACUUGGGUGCCAAACAUGAGAGCCCAGAAAACUGUCAUUUAGCUGGCUGCAGAACUCCUUUGCAGAAACUGGGGUUCCAGGUGCCUGGCACCUUUAUGUCAAAACAUUUUUGAUUCUAGCUAUCUGUAUUAUUUCACCUAGCUUGUCCCAAGCUUCCCUGCCAGCCUGAAGUCCAUUUUCCCCUUUUUAUUUUAAAAUUUGACUCCUCUUCAAGCUUGAACACCCUCCGAACUCAGUCUUCUUUACCUCAUUAUCACCUUCCCCUCACACUCGUAAAAUUGCAUAAAAGACAGAACAUGGAGAACUUGCUCAAGUGCAGGCAGAGAGCAAAAAGGGGAAAUAUGUCUGGGAAAAAGUGCACAUAAAGAAACAAAGGACAGAGGCCAUUCCGAAAUCAAGAAACUCAUGUUCUUAACUUUAAAAAAGAUAUCAAUCCUUGGUUUUUAAACUGUGGUCCAUCUCCAGACUCUACCACUUACAGACAGACACACACACACACACACACACACACACAUUUUGGGACAAGUGGGGAGCCCAAGAAAGUAAUUAGUAAGUGAGUGGUCUUUUCUGUAAGUGGUCUUUUCUGUAAGCUAAUCCACAACCUGUUAACCACUUCCUGAAUCAGUUAUUAUUUCUUUAUUUUCUUUCUACCAGAGAACAGAUUAAUAGCUUUAACCCUUCACAACAGUUCUUGUUAGAAUCAUGGGAUGUGUGGCCCAGAGGUAAGAAUAGAAUUUCUUUCCAUAAAGAACAUACCUUUUGUAGAUGAACUCUUCUCAACUCUGUUUUGCUAUGCUAUAAUUCCGAAACAUACAAGACAAAAAAAAUGAAGACACUCAAUCUAGAACAAACUGAGCCAGGUAUGCAAAUAUCGCUGAAUAGAAACAGAUGGAAUUAGAAAUAUAUCUUCUAUUUUUAGGCUUCUAUUUCCUUUCCACCCACUCUUCACAGGCUAUUCUACUUUAAAGGAAGCCUUUUUAUUAUGCUGCACAUAAUCUAGCAGGAAUCUUUUUUUUUUUUUUUAAGAGCUGUGUCAUCCUUAUGUAGGCAAGAGAUGUCUGCUUUUGUUAAAAGCGUUAUUGAGAUAUAAUUAACAUAAAAUAAACUGAACAUAUUUAAAGUGUACUAUUCGAUAAGUUUUCACACCUUGUGGAGAACAUGCAUACUACAAUUAAGAGAGUGAACAUAUCCAUCAUCCCUGAAAGUGUCACAAUGCUCCUCCUGAUGACUCCUCCCCAGAAAACCACCAAUCGGCUUUCAUUUUGCAUUUUGUAGAGUUUUAUGUGAAUGGAAUCAUAUAGUAUGUCUUUUUUUUUUGUCUGGCUUCUUUCACUUUGCAUAAUUAUUUUGAGAUUCAUAUGUCUCCAUUUUGAUGCUCGUAUAAAUUCAUUCUUUUAAAUCUUGAAUAUUCCCUUGUAUGGAUAUACCACAAUUCGUUUACCCAUUUACUUGUUGAUGACAUUUGGGUUGUUUUAGUUUUGGGAUACUACAAAUAAAGCUGCUGUGAACAUUUGUGUACAAGUCUGUAUGAACAUAGGAUUUCUUUUCUCUUGGUUAAAUACUUAGGAGUAUAAUGUCUGGAUCACACAGUAGGUGUAUGAUUAACUAUUUAGGAAACUGACAAACUCUUUUCCAAAGUUGUACCAUUUUUCAUUCCUACCAGCAGUGUAUGAGUGCUCCAGUUCCACCUCAUCCAUGCCAGAAUUUCAUACGGUUCGUCUUAUAGUUUUAAUGAUUCUAGUAGAUAUCGAACGGUAUAUCCUCACAGUUUUAAUCUGUGUAUCCUACAAAUUUCUGUUUGUUGGUUUGUUUUUGAGACGGAGUUUCGCUCUUGUUGCUCAGGCUGGAGUUCAGUGGCACAGUCUCAGCUCACUGCAACCUCCGCCUCCUGGGUUCAAGCGAUUCUCCUGCCUCAGCCUCCCAAGUAGCUGGGAUUACCGGCGCCCGCUACCACUUCCAGCUAAUUUUUGUAUUUUUAGCAGAGACGGGGUUUCACCGUGUCGGCCAGACUGUUCUCAAACUCCUGACCUCAGGUGAUCCACCCACCUCAGCCUCUGAAAGUGCUGGGAUUACAGGCGUGAGCCACCGCCCCAGGCAAAUUUUUAUAAGCUUAUUUACCAUCUGUAUUAGGUAACUUUG